UUGCCAUGGAAAGAGAAGGCGGCCUAAGCGCUUCCGGGGCGCCCGCCUCCGACCCGGAAGCGCCUCCUCCCUGCAGGGUUGCCAGCGCGAAGAUGGCGGCGGAGGAGCCUCAACAACAGCCGGAGCCCGUCGGGGGGGACACGGACGGAGUGAAUUGUUUGGCCUACGAUGAAGCCAUAAUGGCCCAACAGGACCGCAUCCAGCAGGAGAUUGCUGUCCAGAAUCCUUUAGUCUCGGAGCGGAUGGAGUUGACUGUCCUGUACAAGGAGUAUGCCGACGAUGACCAUAUAUACCAGCAGAAGAUCAAGGAUCUGCUGAAGAAGUAUUCGUUCAUUCGGAAAACGAGGCCGGACGGGAACUGCUUCUACCGAGCGUUUGGCUUUUCCCACCUGGAGGCGCUACUGGAGGACGGCAAGGAGCUGCAGCGCUUCAAAGAAGUGGCGGCCAAAAGCAAAGAAGUGCUGGUUGCUCAGGGCUUCACGGAAUUCACCAUUGAGGACUUCCACAACACGUUCAUGGACCUGAUAGAACAAGUGCAGAAGCAGACCACCCUGAGUGAGCUGUUGGCCUCCUUCAACGACCAGAGCACCUCCGAUUACCUUGUCGUCUACCUACGGCUGCUGACGUCCGGCUACUUGCAACGAGAGAACAAGUUCUUUGAGCACUUCAUUGAGGGAGGACGGAGCAUAAAGGAGUUCUGCCAGCAGGAGGUGGAACCCAUGUGUAAGGAGAGCGACCACAUCCACAUCAUUGCCCUGGCCCAGGCCCUCAACGUCUCCAUCCUGGUGGAGUACAUGGACCGGGGCGAGGGCGGGACCACCAACCCCCACGUCUUCCCCGAAGGCUCGGAGCCCAGAGUGUAUCUACUGUACAGACCGGGACACUAUGACAUCCUGUAUAAAUAGAGGGGGUGGGAGCGAGGCAGGGGGCUGGCCAGCCAGCCCCCCCCCUUCCUGCCUUCUUACUCUCUCUCUCCCCCUUUCCCCUCCCCUUCCUCCGCUGCCCCUCGCCCUCCCCCCCGGCGUUCCCCAUCUCGCCCGUGUUUUCCCACCACCCACUCCCCAGGGAGCCUCGUCUGUGCUUGUAAAUGGUGACCGUCCUUGCUGCCCGUCUCGCUCACUUGGUUUGUUUAUUAUUAUAUAUUUUUCCCUGCUUCCGUUGUUACACUCACACACUUCCGUGUUUUAUUAAAGGGGAUGCCGGUGAAACUAAA